GGGUCAGCAGGUGUCUGUUCAAACAGCGCAUGCUUUUAAGAAUCGAAAAGGGCUAUGCAUUUUCACAAAACGUUAAUUUAUUGGAUGCAGAUAAUGCAUUUUAAAAUGAAUUUGAGCAUGCAUGGAUUCUCAGGUGUUCACGUGAUUAGCAAAAUGUAUUUAUUUUUCAGAGUAUAUAUAAAGGAUAAAAAACAAACAAACAUGGUAUCAAAACUGGAAGACGCAAUGGAAGGUCUGAUUAAAGUGUUCCACACGUACUCUUCCAAAGAAGGAGACAAGUACAAGCUAAGCAAAGCCGAGCUCAAGAGUUUGCUUCAGGGAGAGCUCAGCGACUUUUUAGCAGCAAGUAAAGACCCCAUGGUUGUGGAGAAGAUCAUGUCCGAUUUGGAUGAGAACCGGGAUGGAGAAGUGGACUUCCAGGAGUUUGUUGUGCUGGUGGCUGCUCUCACAGUGGCAUGUAAUGAAUUCUUUGUUGAGAGCAUGAAGAAUUAACAUUUUUCCAUGUCUCCCUUCAGUUGUGUGAAAUUUUGUAAGUGUUAUCACAAAUAAAGACUCUAGUGAUGUGCA